AUGAGAGUACCAACUCGGCAGCUCUUGGGUGCUGCGAAUCAGAACGUCACGGCGCCGAAGCUGUGGCGGGAUCCGGUUCUUGGAUACUUCGAGACUCACGGAAAGAUGGAGUUCAAGGCCGGCGAGCAGUACAACCUGACCCAGGACGAGAAGAAAGCCGUCUUGUGGAGGUAUCGCGUCAAGGAGAUCUUGAAGAAGCGAGUAUUUGCGACGAGAAUACGAUCCCCACAGCUUCAAGCCGGCGUUGUCAUGGACCCUGCCAUGUUCCGCUGGUACUCGGCUGACAUGACCCAAGCCGAAUUUUUCCGCGCAACCCCUCGAUCCGUGUUCCUCUACAUGGGAAGCGUCUUCCUCGCCUUCUACCUCUACACUAGGCUGCUCUAUGUUCCGAUUGACAAGAAUAACGAGGCGUGCCUCGACGGAGACCUCUUGUGGGCAAUUGAAUUGAAUCGUGCCAACUCGGAGGCCUGGUGUCGUCUCGCCUUGUUGUACGCAAAAUUUAACCUGCAUAGUGAAUCAAAACAGGCAUGCGAAACCGGCCUGAAGAUCAACCCGGAAUGUGGAUUUAUUUGGACAGUUUACGGACUGUUAGCGGUGUAUGAUGCGAAGACUGUGGCCCAUGAGCCGGCACUACUGGCUGAUUUGGAGGCCGUCGCCAUCGACUCGUUUUGCCAGGCCUUGACCUAUCGUCCGACGGAAGUUGCUGUCGAAGAGCUCUCCUCUUUCCUCGCUCACUCGGCCCGUCAUUUCGAUGCGGCUGGCUCUCGAAUCAACUAUCGAAGCGAAAAACCGGAAAGCAGAUGUCCCGUUGAACUGGAGGGAUUGGCCAACCUCGCUUCACUUCCUUCUGAGCAAUUAGCUGAUUUACUUGGAGCAAAAAUGCCUGUAUACAAUAGCAUCUUCGAGAAAUUGGCUACUGGCGAGGGAUUGAACGCGCUUUGUCGGUACGCCAAGCCGCCGAUCCACAUUCCACUUGUCAUUUCAUAUAUCUUGGCUUACAAAAAGGAGCUCCACAAAGCUAGCAUUAACGCCCUGCACGACAUUCGCCCGCGUCAUGAAUUUUUGGAUGUUUGGCCAAUCGAGGUGGAUGACGAGCUUGACAAUGAGCUGAGUUAUCUGGAAGACGAUGGGGAAGAGCCCAUGGCUGCCGAACUGGAGGCUGAGAUCGUCGCCCAGGGCGAACUGGUGCGCAAGGUGAAGGGCGACCCCAAGAGCAGUGAAGCCGACAAGAAAGAGGCCAUCGAGAAGCUGCUAGCCCUGAAACUUUCGUUCAAGGAAAAAACUGGACAGGAGUACCAGGCUCCCGGAGGCGGGCGACGCGACAACAAGAAGGGCGGAGAGAACAAGAAAAAGGAAGAGAAACCGAAACAAGCCAAACUUGAAGAGGCCAAGGGAGAUGGAAAGAAGAGCAAGCUGGGCAUCGAGACAAAGAAGGACGACAAUUACUCCGAGUGGUAUUCUCAGGUGAUCACAAAGGCUGAAAUGAUUGAGUACUACGACGUCUCCGGCUGUUACGUGCUGCGCCCUUGGUCAUACGCCAUUUGGGAAGGAAUUCAGCAGUGGUUUGAUGCCGGAAUCAAGAAGCUCGGCGUGAAAAAUUGCUACUUCCCGAUGUUCGUUUCAAACGCUGCCCUGGAACGCGAGAAGACCCACAUCGCCGAUUUCGCCCCGGAGGUCGCCUGGGUCACGAGGGCCGGAAACUCGGAUAUGGCCGAGCCAAUUGCCAUCCGCCCCACAUCCGAGACGGUGAUGUACCCCUCGUACAAGAAGUGGGUCCAGUCGCAUCGCGACUUGCCGAUCAAGCUCAAUCAGUGGUGCAACGUUGUGCGCUGGGAGUUCAAGCACCCUACUCCAUUCCUGCGUACCCGUGAAUUCCUUUGGCAAGAAGGCCACACCGCCUAUGCCAACGCCAAGGAUGCCGAGGAGGAAGUUUUCAAGAUCCUCGAUCUCUACGCUGGCGUCUACACGGAUCUGCUGGCCGUUCCCGUGGUCAAGGGACGCAAGUCAGAGAAGGAGAAAUUCGCCGGUGGCGACUUCACGACGACUGUUGAAGCAUACGUGCCUGUGAAUGGACGCGGUAUUCAGGGAGCCACAUCUCACCACCUUGGCCAGAACUUCUCCAAAAUGUUCGACAUUUCGUUCGAGGACCCCAGUGGGAAUGGCCAAAAGAUGUUUGCCUACCAAAAUUCGUGGGGACUUUCCACCAGGAGCAUCGGCGCAAUGGUAAUGAUCCACGCUGAUGACAAUGGUCUCGUGUUGCCUCCCCGCGUGGCCUGUAUUCAGGCCAUUGCUCUCCCCGUCGGAAUUACUGCCCAAACCAGCGAAGGACAGCGAAAUGAGAUUACCCGGGCCACGGAGAGCAUCGUCGCUCAGUUGGUCGAAGGUGGCGUUCGGGCGGAAGCCGACCUCAGGGACAACUAUUCGCCCGGCUGGAAGUUCAACCACUGGGAGCUGAAGGGUGUGCCGAUCCGUGUUGAGAUUGGCCCCAAGGAUCUGGCAGCCAACCAGGUGACGGCCGUCAUCCGAUUCAGCGGCGAAAAGAAGGCCAUCAAGCGCGAUAACAUUGUCGAGUCGUUGAAGAGUCUUCUUGAGGAGAUUCACACGUCAAUGUACGAAAAG